CACAGUGGGCCAGAAGGCCGGUCUGGCCCACUGUGCGGCGCGACUCUGUCGAACCAUGCGAGGAGAACCCCCCACUUUUGAAAUGCGGAGGUGUGGACUUUGCAGUCUCCGCUUUUAGAAGUGCAGAGUUUGCAGUCUGCUCACUUCAAGUUUGACAGCGGGGCGGCGCGGUGCCCGGGCGCCUGCAGUCGACAGGAUAGGCCACCCUACGCUUUAGGCUACGUACGCGCGUGGAGGGGUGCCUACCCUGUCUUCCGCGGGCGCUCGCCUCGGACUUGACUUGACCUGCCCUGCGGCGGGGUCGCGUUCCGUCGUAUCGUGUUGGCAGGCUGGCAGUCCUCCCGCCUGUCCGACGUGGUGGUGCGGCGCGGCUCCGAGGCCGUGCACCUGGUGUCUGCCGACGGCUGCUCCAACGCCGACAUGCGCGCCGUCAGCCCGCGGCCCCAGGCCUGGCUGGCGGGCGACCCCCUCGUCUCCCUGCUCAACAUGAGGGUCUUCAUGUUCAGGGGCAUGCAGGACGGCGACCAGCUCGUCCUCUCCGCCAGGGUGGUGGCCUGCCUCGACCGCGCCGACUGCAAGACCGCCCCGGAGAGCUGCGACUCCGCGGGCCGGGGCGGCCGGGCCAAGAGGAGCAGCGAGGGCCGGGACGGCUCCAACACCACCACCUCCUUGGAGGAGAGCUUCGCCUUCUCCGUGCACGUGACCUCGACAACACCACACCUCCUUGACGGAAAAGGAAGUGUCGGCGACUUCGAUCGGACGGCCGUCAUCUUGAUGGUUGGGGUCUUGCUUCCGGUGCUCCUCGUCCCCGCCGCCACUGCGAUGCUCUGCCACCGGAAGCGGACGCUCCGCGAGAAGGCGGCCCUGACGGCCGCUCCCGCCGCUCCACUGCAAGUGCCUCCGCCGCCGGUCUUCCCUGCACCCCAACUCCCACUCGAGAACGGGUUGCCCGACUGUUGUAAUGUCCCAAGCUGAUUAAAGUUGUU